CAUAAGACAAUCCAAUACACACUGAUGCUAGCCGGCCACAUCAAAUUUUCAUGCGGCUGGCAUUUUGGAGUUUGGAAAAACAGAUGGAGACACAUGGAUGCAGAGACAAUUGAGGAGGUGGCUUCCACAGUAGCAAUGUCAUCCCGUAAUGGCCACAACAUUCCACAAAUUGUUGAUGGCAACAGCAAACAAAUGUCGUUCUAUGUCUGGAGCACCUUCUUCAAAGGCAUUUUCAAACCAAUGAAGAACAUUUCCAAAUACCAUUCAUUUGAGGUAUCUUCCAACGGGCCUGGGGUUGUAAGAGUAAGGAAGUUUGUUGAUGCCCCUGAGGAGAAAAUUAACAUACUGAAAACCUGCCAAGUGGAUAUUGGUGUUCUGCCAGUGCAGAUCUUUGAUGAGGGAAUAAGUGCAGAAAAACAAUGGUACUUGCAUGAUGUAAUUAGGGACUUUUGCAGAUCAGAUAAUGCUAAAAACACAACAUGCCCUUUGCCAUUAGUUGCAAAAGAAGGCUAUUCAAAGGCCAAAAAACAAAAGUUAAAAUAGGCAACUUUAUUGAGAACACUUUCUGUGUGUUUCAGCAAAAGUUAUAGUUUGUUUCUUGCUAUAAUCAGGCAUGCAUAAGUGGAAGUUUUAUGUUUUCAUUUACAUUCAAAGAAAAUAUUUCUUUGUGUUACGUUGAUAAAAUAUUAAUGAUCUUAGAAAUGUAUGGUUUCCAUGGCAACCAAAAGUAACACACUUGAUUGAUCAUUGAAUACUUCUGUAUAAACAUGUAUUUCAAUUAUGGGAAUAUCAUUGAACAGUUGGCCAUCUAUAAGUAAAGUAUGAUGGCAUUCAUAUUUUAUAUACGUGACUGCAGUAUAAUGUGAAAUUGUACAUUAUAAGUCUACAUGUUAAUAGUUAUACAUUAAUAUAGUUUCAAUGUUCCUUGCAUGCAUAUAUGUUUGUUGUCAAUUUUGUCAAAUAAGGCAUGUGUCAAUGCUUUCCUUGUAAAAAUCAUUUCAGUCUGUGUCAUCUUACAACUCCAAAAGAAUUAAAUGAGCAAAAAAGGAAAUAUUCUAGGUAUAAGUAAGUUGCUAUGGCAACCAAGUAUAACAUGUCUUCUUAUUGAUUUUAAAAAUAAUUGAUUUCACCAGACAAGUUACAUCUUUUAAAUAAUUGCUUGUUUUAAAAAUGAUAUGUUUGUGUUUUGAGUAAUACAAGGAUAAGCUGCACUACUUUUGAACAAUUAACCUUGUUUAAGAAAAGUGGAAGAUUUUCUUUACAGGGUCUAUGGAAAAUUGCUGUAAACAUUCUAUUUUACUACAAAGCUGGCUGAAAUUUUAAUGCUGUACUAAAAUAUUUCCUGCAAACAUAAUCUAUAAAAUUCAAAUGUGAUUUUUUGUAUUUGAGCUGCUUUUGCGUUUAUUUGGAUAAAUUUCUCGUGAAAAAUUGUUGUCAUGGCAACCGUUUCUAUGAAAUGUACAUGUAGUGUUAUAUCCUCCAUAAAUGAUGUUAUUGAUGUUAUGAUUUAUAAUGUUUCCACAGAAAUAAAAAAUGUUGUAUUCAAUUUUAAUGGAAUACAGACUC